AUGCCUGCCAUGUCCCCUACAAUGACAGAAGGAGGAAUUGCGUCUUGGAAGAAAAAAGAAGGCGAAUCCUUUGCAGCCGGAGACGUCUUGUUGGAGAUUGAGACAGAUAAAGCUACAAUAGACGUGGAGGCGCAAGAAGACGGUGUGCUGGGCAAGAUAGUUAUCAAGGAGGGUGAGCGUGGUAUUCCAGUAGGAAAAGUUAUUGCCCUCCUUGUCGAGGAAGGCGAUGACAUCUCAAACUUGGAGGUGCCAAAAGAAGAGACAUCGUCGAAACCCGCAGAGUCUGCAGCACCUCCGAAGCAAGAGAGCAAACCACAGACGGCUCCAGAACCGUCGAAGCCCAAAACUUCGGAGCAUAUACAUGUCGAUGGACCUGUGUUUCCUUCUGUCCUCCGAUUACUCAGUGAGGAGGGUAUCAAGGACUACAAGAAGAUUAAGGGAACCGGUGUAAGAGGCAUGUUGACGAAAGGAGACGUCCUUGCUUUCAUCGGAAAGGCAUCCAGCCCAACUGGGACGUAUAAGAAGAGUGCGGCAUCUGCUGCCCCUCCUGGUGGGACGCCAGCUGCUCCUCCGAAGAAAGAGGUACCACCUGUUGAUGCACUCGGCCUCAGACGGAUGAUUGUCAGUGGACUUUCGGAACGGAUUGCUGCUCGGGCUGCGCCAUUGAAAGCUCCUACACCGAGCUUUGAUGAUGUUCUUGAAGAUUAUCUCCCCAAGAGCCCAGCACCACUUCCACCUAUCUCUCCUCCAGCGAAGACUUCAUCUACAAAAAGCGCAGGCUUCUUGGACGGGCUAAUAUAA